ACCGCUGGAGCAGCGCGCAUGCGCACUACCUCCCCUUGCUUUAUUAAUUUUUUAUGGAAAUGGCUGCCUUUCUCAUCUAACCCAUCUGCAACUGCUAAAUAAAAUCCGAUAAAAAGGGCAAUAUUUCAGACUUCAGCAACGGGAAUUUAAAAAAUAUCGACAUGUCUGUCGACUGAUCGUCACGCACGGAUACAGAAUGACUGUGUUUGCGAUUUAAACAAUGGGAGAUCUUUCGUUUUUGUAUUUAACCCUUUGCAUUCCAUGAUCUGCAAACAAACAAGAGAAUGAUGCGCCAGGUUGCCAGCAACACCAGCGAUUAUUGCAUGACCAGCAGAGCGUCCUGCCUGGCGGAGGAGGGCCGACACCCGGGCAGUCAGUUUGAUCUCUGCACCUCGCAGUCCAGCAAGUUCUACCCCCCUCCGCCCCCUCCUCUGCCCCUGCCCCUGCCCCUGGCCCUGGCACCACCGCCACACAGCACCCACAAAGCCAUGCCCUGUCCACGGCAGGAAACAAACUCCCAGACAGGAGGGGGUAAAAACACGGAGAAGGCCGAGGACUCGAAGAAAAAGAAAGGCCUCGGAAGAUCGGGCAGGAGAGGCAGACCUUCGGGGACCACCAAACUGGCUGGCUACAGAACCAGCACCGGCCGGCCCCUGGGCACCACAAAGGCAGCCGGGUUCAAGACCAGUCCUGGGAGGCCCCUGGGCACCACUAAGGCAGCCGGGUACAAGGUUAGCCCGGGCAGACCGCCAGGCAGCAUCAAGACUCUGUCACGUCUCUCCAAACUGGGGUAUGCAUCCUGCAGCUCUGCAGCCUUCCCCUAUUCAAUGAUGCACAAGAGAGCUUUAUGUGAACCCGCUGGCAAAGAGAAAGAGCCCAACGAGUAAUGCUGCUCUCUCCUUUUUAUUUCUGCAUUGCUUGUGCGGAGUGCUGUGCAGUCGCAGCGUGUUGGAAUAGUUCAGAACUCUUGUGCAGGAGGAGACCGGUCCUCAACGUGCGUGUGAUUGAUAUACACAGGGACUUGUCCUGAGCAAACAGACAAGACGGGGUGUUAGUUUACUCAUGACAAGCCUCUCUACCUCUGUGUGUAUAUCUCUCUAUAUAGAUAGAUAGAGAUCAAUCAAGCACAUUGGGUAGUUUCCCGUAUUACUAUAUAUAUAUAUCUAUCUAUAUAUAUAUCUCGUGUAAAUCUAUCUGUAUAUGGCUGGGGAAAUGGUUAGCUGUAUAAACACAUCACUUGUUUUGUUAUGCCACAGGACUCUGUUAUAUGGUUUUGUAACGUGUGUCUCUACUCACAUAUUUUGCUAAUGUUUGUUGUAAUUCCUGUCUAAAUAAUUCAUUGUCAAAGCAUGCAGACAAAACAAGUGCUCGUGGGAUUAAACAAGUGCUCGUGGGAUUAAACAAGUGCUCGUGGGAUUAAACAAGUGCUCGUGGGAUUAAAGGCUUUUCAUUUUGGGUUCUCGGGCCUUGCAGAUACUUGAUGCCUGGGAGUAAAUUUCACCGGAUGUCAGUUAAAGCAGUGUAUUGAAUUGAGAAUGCACAGAAAGAGUCCUUAAGGGUCUUUGUUUUCAUGGGUCCUGAGGAAAGUCUCAAGUACAAGGCCAGUCUGUUCAGUGCAGCACAUUGACUGCUUGGUUUCUAAAGAGCAGAAUUCCACACAGGCAGCAAUGGGGAAAUCUGCUUUAAGGAGUGAACCCCCUUUAGAGAAAUGUUAAGACAGACGACCUCGUUUCAGUUCUAUACCCCAGUGUGAGCGACGUGUAACAGGAAAAUAAAGUGUGAUUUAAGACUAAACGCUGUACAUCUAUAGUGAUUUAAUGUUACUGUUCUAAAACAAAGGUGCAUAUAUAUAUAUACACACACAUAUAUAUAUCAAUACAUAAAACAAGCUCUCUCUCUCACACACACACAUAUAUAUAUGUGUGUGUGAGAGAGAGAGCUUGUUUUAUGUAUUGAUAUAUAUUUUUAUAUGUGUGUGAGUGAGAGAGCUUGUUUAUAUAUAGAUAUAUAUGCGCUGUACUCAUGAUCUGCAGGUGCUGUACCUACUUGAUGUUCUGUUUUCUUUUAUCAGGUGUCAACAUGCAGCUCCACAGUUCAGUAGCGGAUCAUAGCGGAACUUCACCUUAGCUUCUGUGUCAACAAAAGCCUUUAACUAAAAUGAAAUGCUGAAACUACAGACCUAACCACGUCCAGUAUCCACGCUGGUCAUCCUAGACACCACAUGGUCCACGGCCGCUUGUUUCAUUGUUCUUAUCAGAAGUCUCUGUAAGGGUGGGGAGGAAAGCAUGUUAGUAUUUCUUUUAUUUGUUUGUCCUGUGGUGUAGAAGUAGUGUGAGAAACAUGGUGUCCUUCUCACCAUUGCAUUGUGACGCUGAGUCCAGCAUCUGGGACAUGCACAUCGUGGCCGCAUCACAUUUACUUUGUCUUUUAAACUUCCUGUAGCUUUUCAGUCUUGUGUCAGUGUUGGCUUCUCAAUUCCUAAUGCUGGAUACAAACAGGAAGAGUGACCGCUAUGUAGAAAGAAACAAAUCCACAAAGAAACCCUCUGUGAUCAUCCAUGUGUUUCAAAGAGAAGCACAUUUUAAACAAAUCCACAAAGAAACCCUCUGUGAUCAUCCAUGUGUUUCAAAGAGAAGCACAUUUUAAACAAAUCCACAAAGAAACCCUCUGUGAUCAUCCAUGUGUUUCAAAGAGAAGCACAUUUUAAACAAAUCCACAAAGAAACCCUCUGUGAUCAUCCAUGUGUUUCAAAGAGAAGCACAUUUUAAACAAAUCCACAAAGAAACCCUCUGUGAUCAUCCAUGUGUUUCAAAGAGAAGCACAUUUUAAACAAAUCCACAAAGAAACCCUCUGAUCAUCCAUGUGUUUCAAAGAGAAGCACAUUUUAAACAAAUCCACAAAGAAACCCUCUGUGAUUGUGUAUUUCAAGGAGAAGCCCGUUUCUGCAGUUUUGUUCGGCAAGAACCUGCUUGACCUGAGUACUUCUCCCCCUGGAAUAUCAGGCUGUUACUUGAUGCAUGUAAACUGUACACAGAUGAAGUGUGUGGAAGUGAAGCGGGAGGGGAUCUCAAAGCUGGCUCCUCAGUGUGCUUCACUGACAGCUCCAGGAAGCAGCAGCUAUGUAACGCUGUGACAGAGCACUCACACCAAUGCACCUGGACCGGCCUUUUCUCUACUCAAACGACGGGCCGCGGCGUCAGCAAUGCGCCACUCUCCUCGUUUGGCCGUUUGGUUUUUGACGUGUCACUUUUUUAAUGGAAAAACACAUUUUACAAAAUCAGAACUAAAAAAUAUUAGGCUUAAAAAAGGAGAAAAGAAUUUUCUGCAGCUGUUAAUGAGUGAACAGCACGUAGGCACGGCUGUCUCUUGUACAUUGUAUGUUGCACAUCUGUAUUCUGCAUCGUUGUAGUGCUUACAGUAUAUGUAGCAAUUGAUCAUAUUUGAUACAGUGUGUAUAUAACUACAGUAUAUAUAUGAUUUGUUUUUUAAACUUUAUAUCAGCACCUGUCUUUACAGAUGUAAACUGUAAAGAAGGGUUACAUUCAUGAGCUGCACAUUGCAUAGAGAACACCAUGUGCAAUACUCAUGAGCUGCACAUUGCAUAGAGAACACCUUGUGCAAUACUCAUGAGCUGCACAUUGCAUAGAGAACACCUUGUGCAAUACUCAUGAGCUGCACAUUGCAUAGAGAACACCUUGUGCAAUACUCAUGAGCUGCACAUUGCAUAGAGAACACCUUGUGCAAUACUCAUGAGCUGCACAUUGCAUAGAGAACACCUUGUGCAAUACUCAUGAGCUGCACAUUGCAUAGAGAACACCUUGUGCAAUACUCAUGAGCUGCACAUUGCAUAGAGAACACCUUGUACAAUACUCAUGAGCUGCACAUUGCAUAGAGAACACCUUGUGCAAUACUCAUGAGCUGCACAUUGCAUAGAGAACACCUUGUGCAAUACUCAUGAGCUGCACAUUGCAUAGAGAACACCUUGUGCAAUACUCCGUUCAUGCAUCAAGCUCACCUUCUUGCAUAGUUUUUCUACAGCCUUGAAAAGGGCACUUUGAGAGUUUUCAGUUUUUCUUCUGUUUUUAUAUAUUGAGUGUAAGGCCCCUCGCAUAUGUUAUGUAAAAGCAUUUUUGUUAAGUCUCUUAUCAUUGAAAAUAUGUGUAAUGAUGUAUGCUUAUUAGAGCAAUGUAUGUUAGAAAUAUACAGUGUGUUUGUGAAUUAUUAAACAUCCGAUUUUGGUUCAAGUAAA